AUGUUGUACGCCUGGCUAAGCAUAUGCAGAAAAAAGAAGGUAAAAUGUGAUGGAACCAGGCCGGUCUGUGUCCCCUGCAGGACAUUUGACUUUCCCUGCAAGUACGAAGACACCGUGCGACAGAGGAAACCCAACCGCGAGGACCACAUCCAAGAGCUUGAAAAGCGCAUUCAGUCUUUACAAGAUGAGUUGAAUGAUGCACACGCGUCGAAAAGAAGGCGACUUUCAAGUGCCGAUGGCACAGGCCCAGAACGUGCUCUCUCUGAACUAUCUGGCUCAGAGCUACCGUCUCCGAGAGAUAAUACCACUCGAGCGCCAUUUGAGGUCGAGGCCGAGGCCGACCGAGGCGACGGUGAUGGUGAUGGAGGGUCAUAUACCCUUAAAACCCCGAAAGGCGCAAUGCGCUUUUUUGGCGCCUCUUCCCAGUUCUCCAUCGUUUCUUCUGAGGGAGUGGGGUGGCUAGAAAGCAAGACCGGCAACAAUGCAUGGCGCCAUGUCGCCCAGAGAAACGGUAGCCGAUGGAGGCUGGCCGACUGGUACCCUCGAGCUCUCAAAGAUGACCACCAAGCCAAGUGUUCACAUUCACUGCCGUCCAAGGCUGUCAUACUGGAACUGGUCCAGGAAUACUUUGACACGUUCAACAAGGCAAUGCCUCUUUUUGGCCCCGAAAGCUUCAUGACUAUGAUCCACAGACACUUCUCGUGGAAUCCAAACGAAAGUCCCUCUUGGUGGGCCGCGCUAAAUGUCGUGCUCGCUCUGGGAUACAGACAAAGAGCGGAAAGCGCAGGCGCCAGCAGCGAUGAUUGGAAACUAUGUCUGGGUCAUAUUAAGAACGCCAUGAACGUGCUCACGGAGCUGUUCAUGCGAACCGGUGAUCUGCUCGCAGUCCAGGCUCUUCUUGGCUUGGCACUCUUUUUCCAAGGCACACCCAAUCCUCAACCUCUGUUCAUGUUUUCUGCUGCAGCUGUGCGUCUGUCACAGUCGAUUGGGUUGCACAAUUCCAACUCGUUCGGUCUUCCAGCGUCCCAGAUCGAGGAACGAAGAAGGGUGUUCUGGAUAGCGUUCAUAUUGGAUGCCGACAUCUGUCAGCGAACCGGUCGCCCUGCUGCUCAGGACUCUCGUGACUUUAGCACUCUUCUUCCUCGGGAGGAUCCACCUGAUGGCCUUGGUGUGAUAGAGAUUGGAGCUAUCAAGCUUAACUUCUUCUCGGCCUUGGCUCGGUUUGCACUUAUCCAGCGUCGCGUGUGCGAUGAGUUGUACAGCACCGACGCGUUCCGCAAGACCCAGCAACAGCUAGUCCAAAGUGUGAGAUCGUGCCUGGAUGACAUUGAAGCGUGGAAACAAAGCCUUCCCUUGACACUUCGGCCGCAACGAAACUUCUCUUUCCAUCAGCAUGUUCUUCUCCCACACAUACUCAGACUUCACUUCGCAUAUCAUUGUUGCUACCUCAAUAUCCACCGAGUUUGUCUGCUUCCGCGACGCUGGCCCGUCCGACCAUCAAAUGAAAUUGCCACCCCAUUGGGCCUGUUGAUAGAUCGAGAGACAUCGAUGCAACAAUCUUCAGAGGCAGCACGUGCUGUGAUUGACCUGAUCAGCCAAGUCAGAGACGACUUUGGACAAUCGUUCGAAUGGAGCAUGGUUUACUUUCCGGGAGCUGCUUCUGUGGCACUAUUCUCCAAGAUCAUCAUAGAUCCCUUGCGACCCGACGCCGAAGCAGAUGUUUCGAUGCUUCACCGCGUUGUGACUUUCCUUACAAAGGUCGCAUCACAAGAACAAGAUACAUACUUGGACUAUGUAUUGGCACUUUGUUCUGACUUUGAAAAUGCGGCUAGGAAAGAGAUACAUCAGGCGCGAGCUCCGAGGCCAGAUCCUCCGAAGGUCACCAGACCAGACUUUGCCCGCGCACAGGCGCAAAUGUCGCAGAGUGACUUGAACCAAACAAACAUGGCAGCAGAAACCAACCGCCCUCAGCUGGCUCAUGAUCCAGCAGGCCAGAUUCCAUACUGGAAUACUUCUGGACCGGACCAGAGCUUACACCCUUCAGGUCAGCUCCAAUUGCCCGGUCCCCUUUCUUGGAAUUGGCAGGACAUGAUAGCUGGUAUCCCUCCGGCAUAUGACUUUGGUGCAUAUGACUUUGGAGCACCUUUAGAAGAUCUAUGA